AUGAGCAAGCCGGCGAUUGGGCAAUUAGGCCAAGGAAGGCAAAUCAGCAAGAGAGACGUACGUACGCAGGUUUGCAGUAGGGCCCGGGUUAUGCAUGGAGCAGAGCACACACAGAGCAGAGGCCUGGGCAUCAGCACCGAGCAGCUCUCAGAGUUCCGGGCUAGCAACGCCAGGGCCCUCUGCGGCGGCUUCGACUCCGCCCAGCCGGUGAAGCGAAGCGAACCGGGGUGGUGA